AUGUUGGCCGCCUUGCCCCGGGAUGUGGGCCUUGUCGUGCUCACGUCGCUCGGGCCGACCGCCGACGCCUUGCACGUGGCGCUUGUGAGCCGCGGGCUCCGUGCGACGGUGCUCGCCUACGCCGCGGGACUGACGGACGUGGUGUUCCAGAGCUGCACGCCACGCGACGCGGCGCGCGUCGCCUUCUUCCUUUGCCACGCGAAAGGCCUGGCGCGGCUCUCGUUUCGUGCGAGCCACCGCUUGGUGACGGACGCCUUCUUGGCAACCAUGGCGCCGCUCCUUGGUGCGCUGACAUCGCUCUCGCUCGCGUACUGCACGGAGCUCACGUCGGUCGCGGCCUUGAGGUCGUGCGUCUCGCUUCAAGAGCUCGAUCUCGCGGGCUGUUCAAAGCUGCGCACGCUCGGAUUUGCCUUGCCGUCGCUGCGGGUGCUUCGGUGCGCGUGGUGCCGCCGGUUGACCGCCAACGAGAUCAUCCAAACCAAGCUCGCGAUCACGGAGCUCGAUCUCACGGGCUGGGACGUCCACGACAUUGAGGUGCAGCUGGCGCUGGUCCUGCGCGCGAUCCACACCAUCGAAGCGCUGUCGCUGGUCAACGUGCCACUCUCCGAGUCCGGGCUCUUCGUCGUCUUCAACCUCGCGGCGAAGCUCCGCCGCCUCGCGCUCUCCAAGAAGAGCGCCAACGUGUGGGUCGACGGCACGUGGCAGCUCACGACGCUUCAGGCGUGGAUGCGGCGGCGACCAUGCAUAGACGUGACGUUGGUUUAA